AUGGCGUACAAUCAACACCAGCCGUGCGAGACUUACUUCGUGGAGUCACACGAUGCCUAUCCUCCCCGCCCAAGUCAAGAUUACAUCAAGAUGCUCGGGCGUCGAAGACAAGAAGCGAUGGCCAACGAGUUAUCAAGGCAGGCAUGUGAAUCAUAUAUGGAGGACAUCGUCGCCCACAUGAAACAGAUGGAGGACGAAACCCUUCCAGAUGUUGCCUCCAUCGAUAUCCAACAGGAGAUUCAGUGGUUCAUGAGACCGUACCUUAUCGAUUUCCUCAUCGAAGCUCAUGCCGCCUUCCAACUUCUACCAGAGACCCUCUUCCUGGCCGUCAACCUCCUGGACAGAUACUGCUCUCGCCGUGUAGUAUACAAGCGUCAUUACCAGCUGGUUGGAUGUGCUGCUCUCCUCAUCGCUGCCAAGUAUGGAGACAAGAAGGAGCGUGUGCCGAUGAUCCGAGAACUCAAGUCAAUGUGCUGUUCGCUCUACGAUGAGGAGAUGUUCACGCAGAUGGAGUGGCACGUCCUGAACACUUUGGGAUGGAUCAUUGGUCACCCUACAGUCGACACCUGGAUGCAACUUGCGCUGACUGAGACUGGUGAUGACAUCGAGGUUGAGCACAUGGCCCUGUACCUCAGCGAGAUUGCCCUCUACCACAAGGAUUUUGUUGGAAGCAAGCCCUCGGUCUUGGCCGGUGCCUCAUUGGCUCUGGCUCGUGGUAUCCUCUGCCGACCAGAGAUCACGGACAGCCACGACCACCACGAGAACAUGACCCUGCUUCAUCUCUCCCAGAAGCUCGACCGCCCGUCCCAAGUACUCGCCCGAAAGUAUGCCUCUCCUCAGUUGUCUCGGGUUUCCAUUACCCUCGACAAUUUCCUCCGACAGCAAGAAGCUAUCAGCAGACGAGCAACUCCACCAACUCCUCCUUCCGAUGUGGCCGCAAUGCAGAAGACCGGUCCAACUCCCGAGAUGUUCCCUGGCACUCCCCAGAAGCCCUACGGCAACAUGGUCAACGGUUACAUGACACCACCAAUUACCCCGGAAGGAGAGUAUUUUGUGAACGGGAGUGAGGCCAAAGGAUAUCAUCAAGCACCCCGAUGUCCCGUCACCCCUACCCCCACGCACAACAAUCCAUACGUCCAACAACAACCGCAAUAUCAGUCAUAUCAACAUGACAUGGUCAUGCACUAA